AUGGAAACAUGUCAUAGGCGUAGCGCCCAGUAUGCUGGACAAGGUACAAGACUGUUUGGUGGAGGUACAUGUAUAUUAACCAUGACCAUCUCUUGGAUUAUGUUAUUUGGGUUGUGUUUGGUCAUACCUGCUAAACCUGUACGAGGAUUCUUUAUAGCAACUCCUGGUGAAAUGAGCCCAGUGAAUCCUCGAGUUGAGCUUAGAAAUUAUAUUGAACUAAACUGUACAUUGACAGGGGAUGUUGCCCCCUUCAACUCAAGCCACCUCUAUUUCCAAGCUGGCUCCAAAGUAAUCUCAUCAAAAUUCUACAAAAUCCUGUCUCCAACUAUAAUGACAUACAAAGAGAAUAUGACAGGACAAUACGCUGGGAGGUACCCAUUUUAUUGUUACCUGAACCAAACCAUGAGUGGGGAAAAAAUGAAACCAAGACUGAUUGGAUCACAGGUGGCUACAAUAGGAAGAAAGCCAGAGAAAUCAAGAAAUUUAACUGCGAGGUUCAAUUACUGGAACUCUGGAGAUAUCUAUUGGGAACCUGUACAAAAGAAUACUACUUUAGUACAUACAUCAACUAAUGUAGCUUACAGUUGGAUUUAUGGGUCGAGAAUAUUUAACUGCCAAGUAAGCAGCAAUGUAGCUAGUGAUGUAUCUAGAGAUGUGACCAGUGCGUCCUGUACUUGUACUAAGAACCACUGUCAUUUCUCAAGGAUAAUAGCAUCACAACGAUAUUUGUAUUUGUUCAUUGAGAACUCCAAUAUAUUUGGUACUGAGAAGUCAUUUCACAAAAUUGAUGUUGAUAAUAACGUUGUACCAUCUCCGGUUAAAAGUGUUUUGCCCAUUGUGAAUGGCAGUGAUGCAGUAAACGUAACAUGGGUGCCUUCAGUAGAAGACGAUCCAGUUCAACUACUUCAUUCUGUAUACCGAGUGCUCUACAGAAGAAUCUAUAGUGCUGAACCAUGGCAGAAUGCAGGUGAGACAGUUGGGGAGUGGCUAUUGGUAAAAGGUCUGCAACCCUAUCAAGGCUACACGUUUAAUGUGUCUGUAAGGGUCAACUAUCGAAACAGUUCGGAUCGCAAUGCUUGGAGUGAAAGCAAACAAGGAGUUGCCAUAACUGAUAAAGAUUCAUCUGGCUGUCCACCUUGUUUGCCUUGUGUGAAUGGAUGUAGACAUUCUCCAAAUGACCAUGACAUAGGAUCUGGAGUAUCUGAAGGGAGCUCAGACAAAGGAUUAGAAAAAGGAUGUUGCACAGACUGGAAGGAUAUGUCAAUUGGAGAUCGGAAUAACAUCAUGGAUCAAUGUAAGCAAGGGGCUGUUUCAGAACUGACUGCGGAAAAUGCUACAAUGACAGAAGUGAAUUUAGAAAAAUACACAGCUUGUGUACUAGGCCGGAUAAAGAAUAUAUUACCAUAGAAUACUUAAUCAUUUCCUGUGAAUUUGUGAAAAAAAUAUCCAAAGAACACUCAGGGGAAUACUAAUGUCAAAGGACAUAUGGAAUCGUCAUUUACACCAAAAGGAGUAGAUUUUAUUCAAUGAUGAAUGUACUUGGACAUGCCACCUGAUCAGAAAUGUUGUCGUAGCUGUUUAAUAACCAAUAAAUAUUUAAAUAUUAUUUGAAGUGUUUUAGGCCCCAUGAGGCAGAGCGGGGGUUAUCAAGGGUGCAUAUGUGUAUCCUCAUUCACAAUGAUAUUCACUCCUUUAGGGAAU